CCCAAACAGCACAAUGGAUACCCAUGAUUGAGAGCAUCAAGAGAGAGGCGGAGGAUACUGCCAAAUCAAUUAUGGAGGAACGGUUAAUACAGGAGCAUAUAGAGAUGGCGCGUAUGGCAGAAGAGGUUGCAAGGCAGACAGCAGAGAUGGCGGUCAGGGAGUUGGCGCAGGCUCGUUUUGGCAUUCAGACCAUUGUGGAGGAGCCAGAAGAUGAUGAUCAAGAAUUACAAGUGCUGCAGGAAGAGGAUAGUAAGAUGGAAAUCCAACAAAAUCACACUGCAGCGGUUGCUUCAGAAGAGCUGGAGGCUGAAGGGGUAACAGAGACUGCGUUACCAACUGAAACCCCUGUAGAAGAGUUCAAGCUCCUUUCACCCACACAGCAGGAACCAGGGCCUGAAUCUGAACCUGAGCUUGAGCUUGAACCCAAACCCGGAUCUGAAGGCUCUUUAGCUGAAGAGCUCCAUGAGGAAGAGGAAGCCAGGGACUCUGAACCUGAACCUGAACCUGAACCUGAACCUGAACCUGAGCUUGAGCUUGAACCCAAACCCGGAUCUGAAGGCUCUUUAGCUGAAGAGCUCCAUGAGGAAGAGGAACCCAGGGACUCUGAAGCUGAACCUGGCCUGAUCACUCAGCAACCUCAGUCCAUUUCCAGCAGCUCAACAUCAAGGACUGUUACUCCGGUGGAGAGUGCAGCUACUGAAGAGGAAAGUAGUGUUCAUUCCAGAUGUGAUGCUCUGAAGAGCUGCCUCAUGCGAAUCCCCUAUGCACCACAGGCCCUCGACAGCUUCAACCAGUUCAUGAAAGACAACAACAUCUCCUUUCCCAAAGUGCCUUCUAUACCCAACUUGCCCCCUGCUCUGGCUGAGAUCACCCAACAGCUGCCAUCGCUACCGCCUCAUCUGGCUCAGAUAUGCCAACAAAUCUCUCAGCAAAUCUCCAAAAUCCCUCAGCAAUUCCCAAACCUGUCCCAGUCGUGCUUUAGUGCUCCUCACCACUUUCCCAGCUUCCCCCUGCAAUUAUCCAGCCUCCCACAACGGUUUUCCAUCUUUCCACAACAGGAAUCCAACAUUCCUCAGCAACUUAUGGAAUCCAGCAUUCCACAAAAGGUAUCCAGCAUUCCACAAAAGAUCUCCAGAAUUUCACAGUGUGCCCAGCAAUACUACUCUAACAUUCAGAAAAGUCUAAACAAACUUAAGCCAGAGCAGGAUGCACAAGCAGCAACUGCAGAAGACUAGGGAUCUGGAACUGGACCAUCUAGUCCAUCAAUCUCCUAUCCACUCCCCCUGUAGCAUCUCACUCUCCUCCCCAAGUUCCGUUCUGGACCUGCCCAAUGUGUCCUCUUACCUCUGCCUGCCACACACCAUCCAGGCAGUUGUCAGGGGUCGCCAACCCUGCGUUACACAUUGAAGAUGACCCCACCUCCUCUAGACCCUCAGUGAGCGUACACCCAGCUGUGAAUGUGGAAGUUGAUUCCGACAGAGGGAAAGGAAAAAGAAGAUCCCGCCCCAUAACCCCAAUCAUCAACCCACAGGACCCCAACCUCAAAACCCUCACUGUUCCUGGUGUCCCUAAAGCCAACCAAAUCAGCAAGAGACUUGACUCAAGAUGACGAAGAAGAGGAGGAUAUAGAAACUACUGUCAGGGCCUGGCCAAGCAAGAGCAGCAUUACGAGUGCAGAUGACGGAUCGUCUUCAGUCUUAAUCAACGUCCAGCCUCAUCAGACAGCCUGAUUAGUACUGUGGUAAACGAGAGAUUACAGGAGAUGAUCAAGCUGUUCAAAGAGAGAAUGGAGCAUGUCAAAGAGAAACUGACUGAUCCAGAUAACUCGGACGAUGAGACACCGCAUGCACAGUGACAAGGAGGAGAUAAGAGAUAAUUACUUCAAAGUUAUAUGAUUCAAGGUAAUGUGAGAUAUUUUUACAGAUUGAUUCGAACCACAACCUACCUGCUGUACGAUGUCCACUGCAAUGCCUGUCUCUAUUACUGGGGCUCAGCAUACGAGGGUCUGGGUUUCUCAGAUGGGACAGGCAAUAGGAAAAUGGUGAAAAAGCCAGCUGAGAAGAAAGGGAAAGAGAAGGAACCCAUCAAGAUUAUUUCUCCUUGUGCCGAGACACCCAAACUGUUAAAAGUAGCACUGGAGAUGACUGAGAAAUCAGGGAUGAAAGGAACAUGGUCCAAACUGAAGGAGAAGACCAACAGAUCCAGUUGAUUGGAUAAAGUGUCCAAAUACUUCUAUACCUUGUAACGCUCCAUGUCUUCUUCUGUGGCUCCCAACUCACCAGUCCACAAACCGCACUCAGAGCAAGACAUUCACAUGACCCCCACCGGGACUGGAGAUGGGAAUUUGUUUGCUAAAGACAGCCCAGGAGAGGAGAAAACAAAUAAAUCUCUGGACAGCUGAGAGGGCGUUAAAAUGGUCGCACAAGACGCACAGUUGUGCUCUGUGUUUUGGGUCUAAAAUGGGUUGUGAGACAGAAACAUUCACAGAAGUCUCUGAAAUGGACUUGGGAGUGAACAAAACUGUCUCUUCAUCUAUACCAUAUACACAAGACGUUUUCAUCUCUCAUUCAGAAUAAAUCUCAAUAGAAUAAAGUAAUAUAUCACGAGCAAGGACACAAAAAGCAUGAUUGUUCUAUAAACAAAAAGAUAAAGGGAUAGUUCACCCAAAAAUUAAAAUUCUCUCAUCAUUUACUCACCCUCAUGCCAUCCCAGAUGU